CGCGCCGCGCCUCCGCUGGGGCGGCGGCUCGGCCGGGCCGGGGGCGGCCGUGGGCCCGGGACAAGGAGCCUUUCUCCGGCCCCGCCACCGAGCCCCGCUGGGGACGGGCGGGCCCCCGGCGGGUCCCGUGUGGCCGGGGGACCCCCGGCAGCCGCGUCCCACGGGUGAAGGCUCGGCGAGGGCGCGGGGGGGGGAACCGCCGUGCCCGCCCUGGCCCCGCACACGGUGCCCCGGUUCCCCCAGCCGCAGGGCGCGCCCUUUCCCCCGGCGUGGGGGGCAGCGGGGAGGUGCGGGGCUCCCCCAGCCCCGGGAACUGGGGGUGCCCCUCGCCGCGCGUGUCCCGCCCCGUGGGGUGCCGGGCGCCAGGACGCCGGGUGCGCCGGCCGCCCGUGGGCGGGGAGCGGGCUCGGGCGGCCCCCCCCCCCGCGGGCCGUGGGCGGUGGAGCCGGGAAGCGGCGGGGCCGUGGGCGGAGGAUGUGCGUCAGCCGGGGGCAGCGCCGGGCCUGGGAACGGCCCCGCCGCGCCGGACGCCUGGUCGCGGCAGGGCGUGGGAGGGGGGGCGGCCGGUCGGAGGAGGGAGGUGGGAGCGCAGAGGGCUGUGGCAGAACCCCCGCGUCGGGGCCUGUGCCCGUGCGGGAGCCCUGGCUGCCCCCUGCCAGCCCCGGGGAUGUGCUGCGGGCCGCCCCCCGGCCCCCCCGGGCAGAAGCGGGCGGGGGCGGCUGGACCCACGCCAGGCGUCCGGCCGCGCCAGCCGCAGUAUAAAUAGCGUCGAGCCACGCAGAGCUGGAGAACGGGGUGGGGGCAUGAGACUCCCGCCGCGGCCGGGGGGACUUCAGCCUCCCUUCCCCCCUCCCUCCACCCGAGAAACCUCCCUCCGCUCCCCGUCUCGCUGCUCUGGAGCACAGCCAGACCUGUACUGUGUGGGGUGUUCACCCUGAAGCCUACCGACCGCAGCCUUUGUCUGCCGGUGACCGGGGAGCUGAGACACGAAGUGCUAGCGCUCCACAGGCACCUCGGCGUGCGAGGGGGUGGGCCGGGAGAACGGCGGGGUACCGCGGCCGGCGGCGCCGGGCAGCACGGCCGCGUCUCGCCGGGUUGCUACAGGAACCAGAGAUGCUGCCGGUGCAGUCCCCGUUCGUUGUCGCCCGCGGGACCUCGGCCGGGGCGGCUCCCGGUACACCCUUUGGCGACACCGGGGGGCCCCACGGGCACGGCCCCGGGUGCUGCCGGCCCGGGGUGCUGGGUGCCCCCGGCAGCACCGGCCCUGGACACCUGCGGGUCCGGCGCGGGUCCCCCCCGACCGGCGCCAUCUCCGGGGGGUUCCGCCUUCCCGCACGGACCUCGGUGCCUCGCGUGUGUGCCCCGGUUCCCCGCUGCCCCUCGCGGCAGAGGCUGCCCAGGCUGCGGGACCCCCAGUGCUGCCGUGCAGGGCGCCGGUUCCCCGGUUCCUCGCUCCCCCCCGCUCCCGGUGCCACUGCGCCUCCCGCCCGGGGGGGGCCGGUGCCGCCGCCCCCGCUGCCCCUUCCCCCCCCACCGCGGCCGCCCGCGCUGCGCUCGGCGGGGGCGGCAGCCGCGGGAUCCGCCCCCGGGGCCUCCCACGCCGCGGCGCAGCCGGGGCCGCUGCUAUUUCACGGUACCGCCCGUGUGGGCGGCGCGCAGAAGCGGCGCGGCGCGGCGGAGCGAACGCGCCUGGCCCGGCCGCGGGACCCCCGAGCCUCGGCACCCCCCGGACCCCCGUCCCGCCGCAAAGCGCCGUCCCCGGAGCCCCCCCCGCCGCGCCCCCGGAGCGCACGGCGGCCGCGGACGGGGCGGGCGUAACGGCCGGAGGCGGCUCCAGCCGGCGGCUCACCAUGGCCCUGCCCCGCACGCUGGGGGAGCUGCAGCUGUACCGGGUGCUGCAGCGUGCCAACCUGCUGGGCUACUACGAGACCUUCAUCCAGCAAGGGGGGGACGACGUGCAGCAGCUCUGCGAGGCGGGUGAGGAGGAAUUCCUGGAGAUCAUGGCGCUGGUGGGCAUGGCCACCAAACCCCUGCACGUCCGCCGCCUCCAGAAAGCCCUGCGCGAGUGGGCCUCCAACCCGGGGCUCUUCAGCCAGCCCGUCUCAGCCGUGCCCGUCAGCAGCAUCCCCCUCUUCAAGCUCUCUGAGGCCAGCGGGCGCAAGGCACUCAGCAACGGGCACGCCAGCCCUGGUGAGGCCGCGGGCAAGGGGGGAGGCAGCGCCGGGACGCCCCCAGCCCGCAGCCCCACAGAGCCAGGGGAGAAGCUGUCGCCGUCAGCAGCCCCGCCGUGGCCAGGGAGGAGCACCCCCGAGUCAGAGGGUGGUGGGGACGAGGAGCCAGGGGGUCCCCCCUUCUCCCCGGCCGGAAGCGGUGGCGAGCAGCCAGCGGGCACGGAGGUGCUGGAGCCGGAGCUGGUGCGGACAGUGGCAGAGAGUGUGGAGCGGCUGCUGCAAAGCUGCCCCCGGGGUGGCGAGGCCGAGCUGCGGGCGCUGAUGAAGCUCAACAAGAAGUUGGCCAAGGCUGUGGGACACAUCUUCCAGCUGGAGGAUGGUGACCGGCACAAGGAGGAGGAGAUCCGCCGGCACAGCGCGAUCUAUGGCCGCGGCGAGGCGCGGCGCCGUGAGGGCAAGCAGCUUACCCUGCAUGAGCUCAUCAUCAACGAGGCGGCCGCCCAGUUCUGCCUGCGGGACAACUCGCUGCUGCUGCGACGCGUAGAACUCUUCUCGCUCUCGCGGCAGGUUGCACGGGAGAGCACCUACCUGUCCUCGCUCAAGGUUGCCAGGGCGCAUCCCGAGGAGAGCGGAGCCACCGUGGCCAAGCGGCUCAAGCAGGAGGCAGGAGAGCAGAGCCGUCCCGAGCUGCUUCCGCUGCCGGUGGGGCCGGAGCCCCCCGGGGCUGCAUACCGAGCCAGCCUGGACGAGGACACAGGCAGCCUCUCCGGGGAGAGCCUUGAUGGCCACUUGCAGGCUGCGGCAGCCUGUCCCCGGCUGACGCCGCCGCCCGGUGCAGCCCCCGACGUGCCCCUCGGCCUCCCCCACCACGGGCUCUGGAGUCGCCACAUCCUCCAGCAGACGCUGAUGGACGAGGGGCUGCGCCUGGCCCGGCUGGUCUCUCAUGAGCGAGUGGGGCGGCUCAGCCCCUGUCUGCCAGGGAAGCCCCCAGGACCAGAGUUCGAGGACGGGCUGGCAGAACGGGGUCCUCCAGCCCCCCCAGAGCCACCCCGUGGCACCAUCAAGGUGGAGCAGGAGACCAGCCGGCAGUGAGGCCCCUGCAGCCCCCCCACCACCAUUAACAAAGCAAUAACGUGCUGGGGGACGGGUGCCGGUCGUGCGGCGGUGCUCCAGGUGCGGGGAGCUGGGGAGGGGUAGGCUACAGCCGCCCCCAGGGCCCCAUCCCCUCCCACACCGAUGCUCUGGUUACCUCAGCCGCAGCGGGAUGUGCCUCCCCGCAGCAGCAAUACCCUUGUCCCUGCCAGGCUCUGGGGCCCCCUGCGACCCUCCGGGGGCUGGGAAAACCCUCGAUGGACUCGAGCCGGCUGUACAGACCCUCCUGACCGCACCGGGCUGCCCGCCCCCCCCCCCGUCGGCUCACCCCUCGUGCUGACUGUCGCCCCCCGGGCCGCGUCGGGCAGGCGAGCUGCACCCCCGGCCCCGUCACUGUGCAGGGACAGGCGCUUCACCGCCGGCGCGUGAGCUGCGUACAGGAGCGCGUGCUCCCACGUCAGCGCCGCCACCCACGCUGGGCGCGCGGUGCCGGUGCGCGCAGCCCCGCACAGACCCCCGCAGCGCCCACGCUCCAGCCGCCAGCCCCCCCCCCCCCCCCCCGCAGCACGCACGUGCAGGCGCAUCAUGCACACGCAUCGCAACCCCCCCCCCCGCAGCACUGCGCCAUCCGCGUGCAGCGUUUCGGCUGUAAAUACCCCCUGCAGCAACCACAGCUCAGCAACGGUGCACCCCCCCUGCACGCACACCCACAGCUCCACGCACGCCUGCGGCACCCCGCACCGCCCCCCGCCUGUCUUCCCUCCCCCCCCCCCCCCCCCCGAUUACCUGUGUGCACCACCAUGCAUGGUCCCUGCGCCGCUGGGUGCCUCACAUGCGCACCCCAACCUCCCAGCACAAAGCAGGCGGCAUUUGACGGGCACUGGGGCUGUGCUGCCCCCUGCCAGCCCCUCGGGGGCUCUCCUGUCCCUUCCCCCUCCCCAAUUCCACGAGCCGUGCCCAGCGCCGGGGUCCCCCACCCACUUAGGACUGUGUGGUGUCUUUUUAGAGCAUUAGCGACUCCUCCUUUGUAACGUGUACAGUAGAUUAUUUAUUUUGUUAUUUUGGAAUAAAACUUUAUUUUAUGGCUUA